AAUGUAAUGCUUCAAAACACAUUCAAAACGAUCACAAAGACAUUCGAUAUCGCAUGAAUAAAACAGCAGGGGGAGGAUUGGUGUUACGUGGAAUACACACGUGCCCUGGACGACAUCGACAUGGGUCAUCGGUUCCCCAUCGACGACUUUUCCAAUCCGCUGGCCAAACAAGUAAGAAGAACGCCGUGUGUAAUGGAUGGUUGACCUUCGCUCGGCGGUCACGGUCAAACGUACAGCAGAGAGAGUAUAGUACCCGCGUACAUGCUGGUGGUGGUUGUGUUAUCUAUCGAAUCAAUGUUACGGCGGUCUGUUUUUGCGCAAGAAUUUGAAAAUCGUUUUGUUUCACACUCACUAAAGAUGACUUUUAGUGUAUAUUCACGAUAAUGGCUAUUUUUACUGAUGUGAAAGUUUAUAUUUGCUGCGUGUGGAUAUUGUUAUUGUCCUGGAGUAUAGCAGGUGUGUAUUGUCAGCUAGAUGUACAGUUUGAAGUUCAUGAUGUGGUGGCAAUCAGAAAGGAAUCUGCGUUCAUGACAUGUAAAAUCUCAGGUCAAGAUGCAAGCGGCAAUAUCAUUUGGUUCAAGCACCGGAAACAAAUCCAUGAUAAAAACAUCAAAAUGUUUGCAAAUGGCACACUGUACUUUCCGGUGGUGCGAGACAAGGAAACGCUGACUGAUGUGGGAAUCUAUCAGUGCUGCUUAAAAAUCAACAACAGUAUUAUUUGUAGCGAGGAUGUAGAACUAAGCUUAGCUGCAAUGCCUAAGUUUAGUAGGACUCGUGUCAAUCCCAAAUAUGAGGCGGGACAAGCUGUCCGCUUAACCUGCCCCAUGGAGGGGGCAAUUCCAAGCCCAAAAAUAACAUGGUUUAAAGACAAGCAAGAAAUAGUGCAAGGUGAUAGAAUUAUAGUGCUUUCGUCAGGUGUACUACAGCUUGUGCGUCUGAGAUUGGAUCAGGCAGGAAGGUAUCGUUGCCAAACUUCCAAUCUAGCAGGUAAACGAAAUGGUUCUAUCAUUACAUUAAGUGUUUCUCCGACGCUAGCUCCGGAUCUGCAACCGGUUGUUGUCUGGAGUCCAAAGGAUGUCCAUGUCCCUGUGGGAGGAGAGGUAGAACUGGAAUGCCUAAUUGAAGGACCACUGGACAUGGAAGUAAUAUGGACACGUGCAGAUGGGAAAUCUUUGCGGAAUCCAAAAUAUACAGGUAUGAAAAAUCUUCAUCUUACAAACGUUGUUCUUGAGGAUGCGGGAACGUAUGUAUGCCGUGCAACUGUUCCUGGUACGCAAACUGAUGUCAGCGUUUCUGCACAAGUAGUGGUUAUUCUUUUACCUACUAUCUCAAAAGGCCCAAUGAAUAGGUCUUCAAAGAUGCGCCUCACAGAACGUUUCUACUGUACAGUGCACUCAAAUUCACCGACAACAGUCAAAUGGUAUAAAGACGGGCAGCCAUCACAAUCGAUUGUAGACACGGUAACCAAUAACCUUGUUUUGUAUGAUGUGAAACUUGAAGAUGCAGGGAUUUAUCAGUGCCUGGCAACCAAUGAGGCUGGAUCCGUUCAGAAGAGUGCUAUGCUUGAAAUUCAGAGUGCAGCAAGCAUUCCAUCUGCACCUUUCAGUGUUCGUGGAAUAUCUACCACACCAUCCCAGAUCAUGGUAAUGUGCUUGGUUAACGGGGAAAUGCAGGAAGAUAUCAUCGCUACCACUAUUAAUGUACAAUCAGUAGACGCAGACGUAUCAGAGCUACAUGAAUUAGUAGAGCCCAGUUUUUUUCAUACGUACUUUGUAUCGGACUUGAAGCCAUACACAAAUUACUCCGUCUAUUUACAAGUGUUCACAAGGAUGAGCUCUAGCUUACCAUCUACUAUGAUAUAUGUCUUAACAAAUGAAGCAGAGCCAGCCAGAUAUCCGGAUUUCAAGCUGUCCAGUUCACAUCCGUUGAGCAUAGAUGUGUCUUGGGAACCAAUUGCAAGAGACCAAUGCAAUGGCAUUAUCACCAAAUACAAGAUAGUUUACAAGCAAAGGUCUACCUCACCUAAGGAAAUAAUAGUGAACUCAACCAGACUGCGUGCUACUAUUACAGGCCUUCAACCAGACACACAGUACAACAUACAAAUGGCAGCGGCAACCAGAGCAGGCUACGGACCACUCUCAGACUGGACUCAAUUCCGUACUAUUGAUAGCCUGACAGCAUUAUCCCCAGAUGUUCAAUUUUAUAACGUCACAAACUCUUCAGUGACGUUAAGCUGGAAGCAAACUGGGCUCAUUAACAUCAAGGGAUUUAAUGUGAACGUCAGUGUACCCAAGCAAGACAAGGUGCUCCUCCAGUACAUGCUGCCUCCUCAAACUCAGGAAUAUGUCAUCAAUGCACUACAUGCUAAUACGGAUUACAUUAUACGUGUUAGUGUGGUAAAUGGCAACAGAUCUGGAAAUCCAGCAGUCCUUCAUGUCACCACUAAAGAUACGUUUUCAACCUCUGUUAAUUCAAAAAUACUGCCAGGACCAAGGGAUAUAAUUUUUCAGUUUAUUGAUUACAAUUUGAUUGUUAUUCAGUGGAAACCACCGGAUACUGCGUUCCAAGUCAACAAGUAUCGUCUGCGUUAUCAGCCACUGAACAUGGACUGGGAAUACAAAGAGAUCAAUAUAGAUAGUGGAGAAGUCCUGCGGCUUACAAUUACUAACCUCCAACCCUACACGUGGUACAAGCUAGGACUGCAAAGUAUUGGUAAUGGCAUGGAAUCGCAGUAUGAGUAUUACACUAUUCAAACCAAAGCAGACAAACCACGAACACCACCCUCAGAUUUCAAGGCAAAACCACUUGAUGCGCAUUCUGUGCAAAUAUCUUGGGAGCCACCUCAGAAGCCUAAUGGCAUUAUCAUCGAGUACAUCAUCUUAUACAAUAUCAAUAUCACUUUGCCAGAAAAACAUUGGGAAACCCAGCAGAGAAAUGGUUCAGAGAAGGUCUCUAAGGUAAACAACCUCCGGCCCAAUACCGAGUACUUUUUCCAGAUGAAGGCCAAGAACCGCAUUGGCGAGAGCCCAGCUACUGAUGUUGUUUCUGCAAGGACAUUAAUUGAUUCAGAACUUGGUGAAUUGAAUGCAGGUCGUCCAAGUAUGAUGGAUGGUAUCCUGCUCGGUAUUGCCAUCUCUGUUCCUUGUAUUGUGGCUUGUAUUAUCUUUGUUGUCAUGAUGAAAAGACUGGUUGGCAAUGGAAACAGGCAAGUUAUGCGUCAUCAGAUUGAGAAUAUGAGGCGAGACAACGGUAGCCAUCGCACCGCAGUGUCCGUCACCAGCGCACAAGCUAACAUUCUUGUGAACUAUAGGCAUCGUAUGUUUCAAAAUGAUAACCGACAAUUUGGAAACAUCAACGGUCAUGCAGGAAAUAUGAACAAUGAUCAUGAAGACGACGAAGAGGUCCCACUUAGUGUCCGCCUCCUUUCCGGAGAGUUUGAUAAUGAUCCCCAACUUCAUGAAGAACCUGCACAGGAGGAUGACUCUAUGCUACCAAGUACAAGUGAGUCUGCACAGAUGGGUGACCCUAUGCUAGCAAGUGCAAGUGAGCCUGCACAGGAAAAGGACCCUAUGCUACCCAGAGUAGGUAUGAAUACUGCAGAUGCAGGAAUAGAAGAUGUAAAGAAUGAUCCCCAAGAUUCUUUAUUGAUGGCCAAGUCUUUGAACAUAAUAGAGGGGGUGCAGACAGAUGAUGAGUCCAGCUUGGAAAUGCAGACUACAACAGAAGUUGGUGUAGAUAUUUCAUCAGGUGGAAAGGCAAAUACAUCCGUCUGAAUAGUUAUAAGAACUAAUCAUUCUUCUAAUUUCUCUAUUUUUGUUAAAUUCUGUCAUUAAUAUAUUGUAUUAUAAUUGAAUACUUAUGUAAGUAAACCCAGGGUGUGUUUUAUCUACAUCAGGGUUGAUAUUUUUGUUCAUUUAUCAUGGUGUCAUUUCUUUUAAAUUUUGUAAAACUGUGACAAGAGACUACUUCAAAAAGUAUUAAUUGUAGUUUUUAUUGUAAAUGGUAUCGAUGGUCAAGAAACCAAACCAAAUUUACCUCAUUUUCUUGUCAGGAGUUCAGUUUAUGAUGAGUGUGUGUUAGGAUAAGCAACCUAACCUGAUUCUAUAUUUUUAUAAAGGCCAUGUAAUAAUAAGGUUGGUUGCCAUUUUUUCUUCAAUGAGUAGAGAAUGAGGUGGUCUUAGAAAAUACCGCCAGUGUUUACAUUCUAUUUGUUACAGUCAUGACUUUUUAAGCCAUACAAAUGGCCUAGGUUUUCGCUGAAGGAAAUGCUUUUUUUCUGGUCAUUAAUUAGGAAGUGGACAACCAACAAUUUUGUUACAUGGCCAAAUUCUGUGUUUUUACCGUAAUUUUUUUUUUAUUUUCUUGUUAUGGGAUGAUAUAUCAUUAAUAUUUUUCAGUAAUAAUAAUAAUUUUAUAGAUGUUAUAUCAAAUUUUGAAUUGAUAUGGUAUUUUGGGUUUUUGUUGAUAGAUUUUUAAAAUUUCAAUUUUUAUGACUGCUAUGAUUUUUUAUUAAGAACUUUAUUAUGAUAUUGGUUAUAUAUAGAUGCCAAUUGUAUAUUCUACCUCAAAAAGAGAAAAAAAUUCGCUCAAGAGCUGUUCCUUGUGUCUAAGAUCAAAAGUGUUCAAGGUAAUGGUCAUGGUCACUAUCAUUCUAGAAAUAUUCGUAAGGUGAGACAUUUACUAUACCCUGUUUCACACCACCCACCGAUUUUGCCUGUUUGGCCUUACAGCACUCUGACUGUUGUACAAAAUUUAAGUUUCAGAUAAACAAGUUUCCUAAUUUUUUUUAAAUUCAAAAAGCAUUUUCAGCCUAAUUACUGAAUCGUUUCGUAUUUGUAUUCUUUAUACAACAAUGCAAUGAGAUCUAAAGCUAGGGCCAAAAGGUGCAUUUAUUUUUAAACAAGGUAUAAAAAAGGUUUUACCUAACCAGUGAUAAUAAUUUAAAAAUGAACUAGCAUAUAUUAAUUUUUUGGUAAUAUUCAUAAUCUCACUUUAAAGAAAUUUUGUUCACGAGUCUAGAGUUCACAGUUGAUUUCUAUCAAUGAUAUCUCAAGAUAUUGGACAUAUAGUUUCCCCAUGAAAGGAAUUUUAGUGUUAUAUACUUUAUUACAUAACAUUUGUUUGCUGCAGUGCAUGAUGGGUGAAUUAGAUGUACACUGGUUCUAUGUUUGUGCUUACAAUUUCUGACUGUUAGCUACUAUGCACUUGUAAAACAACCAUGCAACAACUAAAAUUAAAAAUAUCCUCACUAAGAUAACAGCUAAGAUAAUACCAUCAAUUGUUUUUAUAUAAAUGAUGACAGUUACUGUAACUUUUUUUAAAUUGGGAGAAAGGAAUUUAUAGUCAUUGAAUAGAUACUGCUUUCACCCAUAAUGUUCUGCAGUAAACUGCACAAAUUUUAAAAUUAAAGUUAAAUUAAUAGUUAAAUUUCUUGGUAGAUUUUCAUGGUUUGUUUUAUUCUAUUCAAUCAAUCAGUUAGGUUGUAAAGUACCAUUGCAACAGUAUUAGCACAUGGAACCUUAUCAAGAUCUGAUUGAAUGCGAGUUUGAACCAGGAUUGCGUGACAUCAUUGCCGCCUCCUGGUUACUCAAUAUUCUUAUGACUGAAAAGACAAUAACUUUCAGACAGAAAAUGUUUACCUCUUAAUACUUUAAUACCUCUUCAUUGUUGACCAGAAUUUUAAUGAUGGUUCUUCUAAGUCAGGAUACAUUUUUAUCUCUUAAUCCUUGAACACAAAAGAACAUCAGGAUAGUUUCUCAAAUUAUUUCUCAGGGCUUCUCAGUUUGUGAGAAACGUUCUCCAUUGAUUGAUCUUAAGUGUUUGUAAAUGUAAACAUUUUUACGGGUUUUUAGAUAUACUAGUUUCCUGAAGAAAAAAUUGUGAAUGAAAAAAGUGGUCAUUUGUUAACAAUGUCAGGAUUUUAAAUACAAAAAAAGAAGGAGAACAUCCUAUGUAUAAUAUUAUCUCGCUUUUACUACCUCAUUUUAAAAAUUUGGAUCUCAAAUAGAAUUGUUGGGUGUUAUAUUUAAAAACAAUUCUGACCAAUGAAAUGUGAUUUCUUAUAUACAAACCUAAUUGGUUUGUCGCUGUAAGUAUUAUCCGUACAGAAAUGUGUAUCAAACGCUUACAGAGCCAUUGUUAUAUGCUAGAGUUUUAUUCAUGGAUUUUAUGUAGUUUUAAUAAUUUGUUUCUUAAACAAAUUUGUUUGUUAAUUAAACUUCAUGAUAUGGAAGUUUUGCAAUCAAAAAUCACCAUUCAAGAUAGCAAGGUAAUUAUGUGAAAAGAGAUGCAUUUAGCAAAGUUGGUCUUGAUUGUAUUACUGCACAAAUUACCCCAGAUGGGACAGUUGAUGUGCAGUCCCCUGUGCACCACUUGAGAGUUUUUGCUUCCUGCAUUGAUUUAAGAGAGUUCUGGGAAUUACUUCAACUCUUGUGGAAGUACAUUCCAUUGAGGGAUUUUGCAAAGAUAAAUGGAUUGUCAGUAACAGAUCAUACAAACUCUACAUUUUAUAACCAAGAAUUAGUAAAUAAGAUCUGAUGGUCUGAUGUAUUUUUGCAAUCAGUAACAAAAUCAAUGCAUUUUUAUAGCAAUCAUCGGUUCCACAAUGUUACUCAUAUAGUGCACAACUGUUGGUUGGCAGUUGGUAUCUUGUUCUUGACAUGUUUAUUUUAUAGCAAAACAUCUAUUAUCAUUAUAUCUACCGGUAUUAUAUCUAUUCUCUGUAGAAGGUGAAGGAUUGUACUAUAUUAUGAUCAUCAUGCCAUCCCACUGGAACUGACUUGGAACUUUUUAUUGUUUCAAAAAGGAAUGGUCAGAGUUUUAUUUUAUCCUCAUCCAACAACAUGAGUAAUUGGUCGCUUACAAAAUUAAAUUAAUAAUUUGUAAAUUUGUUUUUAAUUCAUUCACCAUAAGCUAGGCCUAAAAACCACUUGUUACUAAAGGAGUUUUAUUAUAUUUAUAAGCCAUGAAAUGCUUGCAACCAGCAUGAGCCACUUCACAGCCCGUCAACGAUGCAAGUGGGUUAUCUAAGCAUCGCUGGCCAAGCAUGGUCAUUGGGUGAUUUGAACUCCUGACCAGUUCAAUAAACUGAGAUUCAUUUUGAGGUUUAGGUAGUGAAGCUGAAAAAAAUACCCUUGUUUGAUGAUUGAAUCCAGUAUCUAGGGAUUAGAAGAUGAUUUUUAACCACUGAGCUACAUGUUUAUUUUUAGUUCUGUGGUCCAGGAAGGCAAGCAUCUUACCACCAUGCCAAAUGAUUCAUUUUAAUAUCACAAUCUCAUUCCCUUCAUAAAGGUUCUUGUAAUGCUAUUCACUCUCAGGAUUGAAAGUGUAAUGUGUGUAAAUAGUUGAAUACUUUGAACAAACACAUGCAAUGGUGCUCAACACACUCAGAGGAGGUGUUUCAGACCCACCAGAUAAUACUGAUGAAAAGGUCAAACAAAAAUUAUGUUGUCUAAACCCCACCGAUUAGAAAUCUUAAACCUAUGAUCUGAUUUUUUUUGUAAAAAAACUCAAAAUGUAUGUAUGAUGUUUCAAAAGGAAAAUUUUCAAGCCAGUAAAUUUGAUACCUUACCGUAACCUGGAUUUUAACCAUGUGGCUACCAUUUUAUCAACCAAAAUGCAUGGGGUGAGUGAUACUGGCUUUGAACCUAUAAUAUGCGUAGACUAAUAGUAACAAAAAAUUCCUUUUUAUUUUUGUUUAAAAUUUAAAAGAGAAACAUAUUUUGGUUUUCAUUUGGCCUCAUUUAAAAUGGGUGUACAUUAUUGGCUUGGUUUAAUCAUAUGGUUCAGAUAUAGUUAAGAAGUAAUAUAUUUAAGUAUGUAAGUAGUUUAAGGUGCUGUAGUGUUAAGGUUUGGAAAACAAACUCGAUACUUUUCGCUGGAACCUGUUGAACGUUUAAGUUAAGGGUCUCAGAAGGGUUAAGACUUGAGCAUGACUUUCAGUUUCUUGUAUUUUUUACUAAAAAUCCACCACUACUCUAAAAGGGUUACCGAUGUAAAGUAAUAUCAUGAAAAAUCGCCCAAUUAAUCUAAAAAUAUCACGUGUCGUUAAAUCAUUUCAUUAACGUUUGAUAAUUUCUAUUUUAGUUAAAAUGUUCAUAAAUUUGGUGCAUAUAACCGUGCGUUUCACUUCAUUAUACCUCUAACAUUGAUUUUAUUUGUUUAGUAUAUGAGAUUUUACUAGCGAGUGUUGGUUUAUAUAAUUAUAUAUAUAUAUAUAUACAUAUAUAUAUUAUAUAUAUAUACAUACAUAUAUAUAAUAGAUUAACCAUCAUUUUUAAUUUCUUGCUGAAAAUAGCUUUAAGUACAUAUUGGAGACAUAUAAGAUAAUUUUUCUAUUUUCCCUUUAUCAUUCUGUGGCAGCAACUUUUCAAAUUUUACCUUCUGUUUGAUCUUCACAAAUUUACAUCUUCCUGCCUAGAACCACUGAAUUGAUUACUGUAUUCUAUCACUCUCAGGACCAUUACCACUCACACUGUUCACCCAACCUACUGGUCUGUUCACUUCAACCUACUGUCUGUUCACUUCAACCUACUGGUCUGUUCACUUCAAACUACUUGUCUGUUCACUUCAACUUACUAGUCUGUUGACUUCAACCUACUGGUCUGUUCACUUCAACCUACUGGUCUGUUCACUUCAAACUACUGGUCUGUUCACUUCAACCUACUUGUCUGUUCACUUGAACCUACUGGUCUGUUCACUUCAUAUUACUGGUCUGUUCACUUGAACCUACUGGUCUGUUCACUUCAUAUUACUGGUCUGUUCACUUCGACCUACUGGUCUGUUCACUUCGACCUACUGGUCUGUUCACUUCGACCUACUGGUCUGUUCACUUCGACCUACUGGUCUGUUCACUUCGACCUACUGGUCUGUUCACUUGUUAAUGAAUCUCACCUUUACUAAUGUUUAAAGAAUGUUUUAAGAAUUUGCUCAUGGAUUUAUCUACCUCUUAAACGUUAAGUUGCUUUUUUUGAUCAUUUUUAACCUUUAAAUACUUCCUUCCAUUGUAAUAAAAUUUGCAAGUUUCCUUUUCUAGAGUUUUACAUUCAAAUGUAUUAUUAAUGUGUUUUUCUACAUGUUCAACGUUGAAUUAUAGUUUUGUAUAGGAUAUACCUCUAGAAGAAGAAUAAUUUUGUUCUGGUAAUUAAGAAUGAAUGCUGAUUAUUCCUUGUAAAUUUAAUAUUGAUAAAAUCAAAUUUAGUUUAGAUUUCAUCACCAUUGCAGCUCUUUUAAAACAGGAUAGAACCCUGUAUUACACAUUCAGCGAUUUAUGUAAGCACUUCAUUUAGCUAAGUGGUUGAGUAGUUGGUAUAUUUAAAAGCAUGCCGGUAAAGGGGAGGAGGCUGGUAGGGGGAGGAUGCACCCUCCCAACAUUUUUAAACCUAUUAUUUCACUGAAAUCAUUCCCAAUUAUUGCCAGCUUUUCUAACCGUUUAGAUCAGCUCCAGUGAUUGCAGAUUGAUCCAUAUAAACAAAAACUAUGUUAUAAUUAUGUAGGACUAUAGAUGUGAUGGACAUAAAAUGUUAAUUCUCCAGGGCCCUAACAACACCAAAAUGAAAAGAAAUUAAAUAGAAAUUUUCACAAAUUAAGGCCCUCAAAGUGCUACUUUGACCUACCGUGGGCUCUCCGCUAGGACCCAUGUGGCCCCUCGAAUAAGGUUCAUUUUGCUUGCAAAUACAUCCCCCUCCCCCAUCAAAAAUCCAGCCUACAACCUGCUAGACUACUGAAAACCAUGUGUGCAGAGCAAUGCAGAUAGUGUAAUCAUGGGUUUGAGAUCUGUAUUUUUUGUCUUGCCUUGCCUUUUAAUCAUUGCAGCUUUUUCAAAAUUCGUAGCUUCAAAAGCAUGUUGAUGUUUUUUCCAACUUCAAAAGUGACUGAUUUUGAUGUUUUUCUUCAAAUUUUGAUUGAUUUAUAAUGGAUCUCCAGCCAACGGCUUAACAGUUUUAAGUCCUUGCUCCAGCGUCCUUAAUUAUUAUAUGUUGGUUCCAGAUAGAAAUUGAUCUAGCAGAAAAUGCUAGUGGGAGGCAUAGCUUUGAAUGAAUGUGUAAACAAACUUUAUAUACUGUAUUUAACAUUAGACCAAAAAGGUAUAGCAACUCCACUAUCUUGUGGAUUAAAUAAUUAUGAGAAGAGGGGAUAUUUUUUUUUGUAAAAACUUCAUGGAUGGGAUCUCAUCUCUCUAUAGUUAGUUCCUUCCCCUUCCCCCAAAACUUUCUUCACAUGUAAUUUGUCAUUGUGGAUAAAAUUCACCUUGUGCCGUUUAUUAUGCUGAUGGGAACAUCAUUCUCAUUAGAACCGACUAAGCAAGUAAUGGACAGCAAACUUUAAUGUUGUUACCAUGCAGUUAUGUCUCCAAGAAAGAGUCAUAUAAUGUGUGUUUUUCAAUAUGUCCACUGUUAAUAUGGCUCAUAAGAUAUUAUUGUUAAUUAUGUUUACAUGAUUUUUAUGAAUUUGGUUUACAAGAUUAUCAAUUUACAAAAUACAAUAAAAUGGUGAUAAUGUGGUUUACAUGAUUAUGAAUGUGAAUUGUUUUUUGUUCAUGCUUAUUAUCAAUAUUUAUAAGAUUAUUGUUAAUUUCUGGAUAACAUGAUUAUCAAUGUUAAUUUAUUUUACAAAAUUCUCAAUGUAAAUCUGAUUUACCAUGUUAUUUGUCUAAAUACCAAUAUUGGCAAAAUGUAGUUUAUGAGAUUGUCAAAGUUAAUUUUAGAUUAUAUAUUGUUCAUCAUCAGGUUUACAAUAUAACUAAUGAUAAUCUAGUUUACAAACUGUUCAAUCUUAAUCUGGUUUUCAUGAAUAUUAUCCAACAUUAAUCUGCCUUCAGAAUAUCUAUUGUAAAUCCUACUUGCCACAGAUAUCGAAAAUGAAUCUGGUUUAUACAAAAGUAUUAAAUAUUAUUCUGACUCUAAAUAAUUUCAGUUUCAUCAACUAGUCGUAACUGAUGACAGUGUUUUUUAUUAGACAAAGCUAAUCACAUGUGAUUGUGAUUUCUUAUGUUGGUAAUCUCUUAAUCUCUUCCUUAUCAGUAAAUCUAUAUUUUAAUCAUGCGAUAAAAUGGCAGUGAUGAUCAGUGAAUGUUAAGGUGAUUAUAGUCCAAGACUUUGAGUAAUAAGUACUAUCUUAGCACUUUGAUAGUGGUUAUUGUUAAUGAAUAUAACCUGAUAUACGUGAUUAUUGUUAUUGGAGGUAAUAUAUUUAAGAUCAUUAAACUAUCAACAGUUGAACAA